GACUGAGGAUGCAGGGGGUGACGGUGACCGGAGAGGCGCCCACACUGAACGGGGCUGGACGGGAAGAGCAACGUCCUCUCAAGCAGUCCCUAAGUGGCUCUCUGUGCCGGGAGUCUCAUUGGAAGUGCCUGCUACUGACCCUGCUUAUGUACGGCUGUUUUGGCACACUAGGCUGGUGCUCCCUCUACCGCAUCACAGUCAUGGCUUCUGAUGACCAAGGUCCUGCCUACUACUAUGGUGACCGAGCCCGGGUCUACCAUGAUAGUCCCUGCUCCAACGGAUAUAUUUACAUCCCUGUGGCUUUCCUGACCAUGCUUUAUAUCGUCUACUUGGUGGAGUGCUGGCAUUGCUACUCCAAAACAGCUAACCUGGCUAAAGUGGAGAUCAGUCAGGUUUAUGACAGGAUCCAACGUCUGCAGCAGGCCACACCAUGCAUCUGGUGGAAAGCCAUCAGUUAUCAUUAUGUGAGGCGGACCAGGCAAGUGACGCGCUACCGCAAUGGAGAUGCCUACACCACCACACAGGUAUACCAUGAACGGGUCAACACGCACACCGCCAGUUCUGAGUUUGACUACUCACGGCAUGGUGUCAAGGAUGUGUCCAAAGAGCUGCAGGGCUUACUGGACCACCCUGUAACCCGGCUACGCUUCACUAAGUGCUUCAGUUUUGCCAGUGCUCGUGCAGAGACUGCCUACCUUACACAGAGAGCACGCUUCUUUGGCGAUAAUGAAGGUCUGGAUGAUUAUAUGGAAGCACGCGAGGGUAUGCACCUGAAGAAUGUAGACUUUAGGGAGCACAUGCUGGCAUUCCCAGAUCCUGCUCGGCCACCUUGGUACACACGCCGCUGUGUUUACUGGCUGGCAUCUGCUCUGUUGCUUUCCUGGCCGCUCCGUGUGGUGGUUGAGUACCGCACAGCCUAUGUCCACUAUCAUGUUGAGAAGUUGUUUGGCGAGAAUGAAGAUGCCAAUGAAAAUGAAAAUAGAGAUAACUACCAGACAGGCUUUGAGCAUAGCUCUGGUGGUCCCACUUUGCACGUCAUAUCACGGGUAAACACAGUGGACAUAACUGAACUGGAGUGGCACAUUCGCUGCAACCAACAAAUAGUGCCCAGCUACUCAGAGGCCUUGUUAAUGGACCUGGACAUCAACCCGAACACACCACUGUCUGUCGCAAUGGCGGCCCAAAUGAGACGCAACUCCAGCUACUUCCUCCAGAGCUGUCCUCGUUGCCGGAGGACAACAAGCAGCUCAUCUCUGCCUUCCUGGGUCAGAGGGAACAUGGUUGUAGGGGCAAACUCAUUUCCCAUCAGAGCAGGAGGAAGGUUGACGCUGAGUCGCAGCGGCUUCUCUCUGGGACGCUUGCACACCACCCGAAACCGUCAUACCUGCCUGUUUCACUCAAGGAGUCUUGGAGGAGGAUUGGCAGGACGAGGGGAAGAGGGAGGUGGCUUUCUGGGACUGGGCUUCCGUGGCUCAGAUGAGGAGAGAAGGGGGGUUCUAGAGGGGGAGGAUGAGGAGAACAGUGAGGUCGAGGAACGACGACAGAGGCAAGGAGAUGACACAGAAAAUGGUGAGGCUAGAGGAGAGGAGAGAGACAGGCCACCAGCUUAUCAAGAUGCUCUGUACUUUCCUGUGUUGAUCAUUCAUGGAGAAGAGAGCUGUCAUGGCGGGCGGGAUAUUGAUACAGGAUAAUGGCUGGGAUUAGUGGGGAAUGUAGAUUAGAAAGUUUGCACUGGUGUGUAUAGACUGCAUGUAGAAGGACCUCAGGUAAUGAAUCAAAGUGAUGAAACAAGGUCAGAGUUGAGGGACCAUGGAAGAAAAUAGAGCUAGGGAAGAGACAGUAUAUAGGCUAAAUGUAAGGUGAAACCUGACUGGAGAAAAGGUGUUCAGCCAGCAUUAAAAAUGAGAGUAGCAAUGAAUAAUGGCACAGGUGUUAAAGAACAUAUGUAGGGUUUAAAUAAAAAUAAGAUACAUGUCAGCCGAUCUGUGUCAUGUCAAGUUGACAUGGACCGACCCUUUAGGAAAAAAAAAAUGUUCUAAUAAGCAUGAAUACUGUAAUUACAUAUCAGUAUCCUGUUAUUUUAUACCUUGCA